AUGGCCUCAUCACAGAAUGUGGAGAUGGAGGCUGCAAAGUUUCUGCAUAAACUUAUUCAAGAUUCUAAAGAUGAGCCAGCAAAGCUGGCUACUAAACUCUACGUGUGGGAAGGAACACUCAAUGCCAUAUCAAGUGAUAUCAAGGUAAAAUGCCCACUACUCAGCACCCUAACUCCUCCACAUGCAGUUAUUUAA